GUUUGCCAUACCCUCUUAUAAAUCUGUGAACACAGCUACUUAUUUCUUAACAAGGUUUCACUAAAUUCUUCUUCGUGGCCUUCUGUUUCCGGAGCCCUUCUCUUACUGACUUUUAGACCACUCUGGACUUCUUUCCAGUUCGUCCUGCUCUGGAGACUGGGAAACUUCAUGUUGCUCUUACACACCUGCUUCCCUUCUGGAAAAAAUACCUGCACAUUGACCGACCUUCAGGCUGGCUUGUCUGUCCUUUUCAAAGAGUGUCCAUUGUCGUAGGAUGCCUUGAUAUCCCAUUUUCUUUCCACUCAUCAUUUCUUGUCCUCUAAAGGACUGAACUGUUCAUCUCCAGGAUCUUUUAAAGGUCUUAUUUAAAUAUGUGAACAAAUUUCUAAAACAGCUCAGCACCACUCGCUGUCCUAAUCUAAAAUGAAACUAAAACGUGACCAUCCUCUUUCUUUUAAUUGGAUGAGGGUGUCACUGCCUGGAUCAGGGCCUAUGCCCAAAAACUUUGGUCCCCUUGAUGUGGUGGCAGCAAACUACCUUUUUGAACUACUGGUCUAUUUGUUGUGGGUAGACCUACAGUGCUGUAAGGGAGGAAAUUCAGGAUUUUGAUCCAGUAACAAAAGGAAUGAUAUAUUUAUAUAGAUGAUUUGGAGUUGGGGACUAAGUGUGUUGUGUCAAAAUUUGCAGAUGACACUAAGGUGAGUGGUGGAGCAAAGUGUGCAGAAGACACUGAAAGUCUGCAGAGGGACACAGAUAGUGUAAGUGAGUGGGCAAAGGUCUGGCAGAUGGAGUACAAUGUUGAUAAGUGUGAGGUCAUCCAUUUUCGUAGGAAUAACAGCAAAAUAGACUGUUUCAAAUGGUAAAAAAACUGCAGCACGCUGUUGUGCAGAGGGAGUUGGGUGUCCUUGUGCAUGAAUUGCUAAAAGUCGGAUUGCAGGUGCAGCACGUAAUUAAAAAGGUGAAUGGAAUUUUGUCUGCUAUUGCUAGAGGGAUGGAGUUUAAAAACAGGCUAGGCUGCAGCUGUAUAGGGUCCUGGUGAGGCCACACCUGGAGUACUGUGUGCAGUUUUGGUCUCCUUACUUGAGAAGAGAUAUACUAGCACUGGAGGGGAUGCAGAGGAGAUUCACUUGGUUGAUUCCAGAGUUGAGAGGGUUGGAUUGCGAGGAGAGACUGAGUAGACUGCGAUUAUACUCAUUGAAAUUCAGAUGAUUGAGGGGAGAUCUUACAGAAACAUACAAGAUUAUGAAGGGAAUAGAUAAGGUGGAGGCAGGGAGGUUGUUUCCGCUAGCAGGUGAAACUAGGACUAGAGGGCAUUGCCUCAAAAUAAAGGGAAGCAGAUGUAGGACUGAGAUCAGGAGGAAUUUCUUCACUCAAAGUGUGAAUCUGUGCAAUUAAUGCUCAGUGAACAAGUUGAAGCUACCAUCCUGAACUUGUUUAAGGCAAGGCUAGAUGAAGUUUUGGAACAGUAAAGGAAUUAAGGGUUACGGUGAGUGGGCAAGUAAGUGGAGCUCAGUCUCAAAAAGAUCAGCCAUGAUCUUAUGAAAUGGUGGUUUAGGCUUGAGAGGCCAGAUGGCCCACUCCUGCUCCCAUUUCUUAUAUUUCCAUGUCAGGUUGGUUUGGAGAGGACCUUGUAGGUGAUUCUGUUUCCAUAUAUCUGCUGACCUUGAGCUUCUAGAUGGCGGUGGGCAGGGUUUGGAAAGUGUUAUGGAGCCAUAAUUAAUUAACCUACACAAAAUAGAAUACAUUGAAAGAACUUUUCAACUCAUUUCCAAGUAACAGUAACAACAUUGCAAAAAUUGCAAUGUUCUGUUGUGAAUAGGAGGUAGUCAGGGCUAGGAAAUUGACAUUUGUUAGAAUGAUACAGAGCAUUGGAAGCGUCUUUGACAAUAGAUUGUAUUAGGUAAAAUAAUGGAAUUGAGAUUGGAAGAAAUGAGUUCAUUGGCAAAGAAAUAAUCCAAAACAAAGGGUUGACUGUUUCAGUCCUUUUAUGCAUCUCAGGAAAGAGGUAAGAAGUUGGUUUUCUAUAUUUGAGGAUCUAAUGAGUUGGUGUCAGUGGAGAGAAGAUUUCCAUGAGAUAUGAACUCAGUGACAGUCCUGGAAACAGUUUAGAUGUUGGUUGUGGGGUCAGUGUCCACAGUAGAUAUCUAGAUUCAACCCAGUUAGGUAACGGACAGAUGUGUCAGGCGUUUCAUUAGUGUCAUUGUGGACAUUGCAAAAGAUCUACCCUAUUUAUGCCCUUUCACCAUAUUGAUAUGCCUCUUAGCUGAUGAGCAAAAUAUAAAUUAAUGGUAGCUGCUGACUAGGUUCACCUUAAACUUAACUAUGAGAAUCUGUGGAGUCCAGUGGUGGCCUUGAUACUGUGUAGAAUGAUGAGUAGUUCAUGAAGGUCUGUGCUGUCGAGAUCAGGAGAAUGGUACAGAGCAGUGCCUUUAUAUCUUAUAGUGCAGUGCUCCUCAGUAAGGUUAAUUGGGAGCUCCUUUUGGCUGUCGUGAUAACAGCACAGCCGCAAAUGCACUGCCAUCUAAUGCAGUGCUGUUCUCAAAUGAUGUUGGUCCAAGAUCCAUACAAAACAGAGGAAUGUCUAUUAUGUGAAUGCAGUUGAAAAAUAAAAUUGCAUCAAUUAAAUUGCCAGAAUGGACUCUGUUUCUUAAAAAACAAUCUGAAUUGUUAUCCUGAAGCAAGCAAGAAAAUUAGGCAUUACAGAUUACGAAGCCAACUCUAGUAUAUGAGGCUUAUGAAGAGGAGUAACUUAGUACUGUGAUUGAAGAUGAAGAUUUUUAAAAAUAUGCAUUAACAUCUAUCUGUGGAGUUUAUUAUUUCACUAAAAGUCAGUAAUGUUUUUUGCCUGUUUGUCUACUUAUUCUGGGGACAGGGUUAGCACGAACAGUAUCUGACCUGGCAACUUUGCAGUCAUCUGAUGCACCACUGUACGCUAUUGGGUUGCAAGACAAUGAGAGGGGGAUACUCAAAGGCAGUGAUGGAUAAAGUGUUGGAGAUGGGAGAAGGCAUCAAAGUCACAGAUGCUCCAGUCCACACCAGAAGGGAUGAUUUGGUCAACAAUAAAUCAAAGAAAAGAGAACUUUCAAACAGCAGUGCUAAUGCAGAGAAGAUAAAAGAACAACUUCCUGCACCAGAAAAAGCAGAUGAGAAAGAUACUUGCAUGGAAUUUGACACAACACUUGAAUGCACUGGAAACGGCAGCCAAGAUGUCGAUCACACCAGAAUCCCAGGCCUGGAUGGCUUUCCUUCUAGUCGACCAUCAACUCCUUUAUCUGAACCUCAGGUUGAAGUUCCAGUCUGUAUGGCACCAUCCACCAGCUCAAAUCAAAAGGAGGCCCGACAAGUCUCAAAAGAGACUGAAGUGAAGAAAGUUAGUGCUCCUACGCAGGUUCUUGUGAACCAACAGAAGACACUGCUGCAUCAGCCUGACACUCCAGCACAAGCCAAGAAUUUCUUGUCUAGUUCUGCAGAAGUUAAGCCCAAUAUUCAGCCAGACAGUGUUGAUCGCCCUGCCUCAAUUAGCAAUUCCCAAAAAGCUGUGCAGCUCCCUGUCUCGGAAAGCUGCAAGACACCCGUAAUGGUGGUCAGUUUAACUCCUGAGGCUAUAAAAGAGAAGCAGACCUUUUACAACAAACUCUACAAAGCUAUAGCGUGGAAGUUGGUGUCAGCUGGUGGUUUCAGCAAUGAGCUUAACCAUUUGAGCAUUUUGACUAACUGCAUACAGUCAGUAAAGGGGACCCUUGAAAGUGUGUGUGUUCCCCUGAAAGAUAUUUCUGAGUUGCAUUUACCACAAAGCUCUGCACGUGAAGGGAUUGUUUGUGAACUAAGGUGCAAGGCUGUGUAUUUGGCAACAGGAUAUGGCAAAUGCAAAGUGAGUGCCAAAGACAUGGCAGCAAAAGAGGCAAUGAAAUUGUUCUUGAAACACAGGGUCACAGUGAAAAUAUGUAAAAGAAAAUUCAAAGGAAGUGAAAUUGAGGAUUUAGUACUUUUAAGUGAAGAAUCAUAUCGGUUAAACCUAGCUCCUGCAUUAGUGAAUCCCUCAGAACCUAGUACAAGGUAAAAAAAAAAGGCAGUGUUUUGUAAAUCUUCUAAUGAAGUAAUUGGAAAGUGUUUUGUGUGUGUAUACUUAGAAAAAUGCAACAGAAUUCUUAUAUUACUUGAUGAUUGUAAAAGGCACAUAUUGCAGUUGUAGUUAGUUGUUUAUUUCGUUUGAGAGAAAAAAAUGAAAGCUGCAGUGCCUUACAAUUUCUAAAAUUGAAAGAAAUAUUGUGGUCAAGUGUUUUUUCUGGACUGUUGGUGCAAAUCUAACAUGAACAAGUACUAUUGAACUUGAAGUACCCUUCAAUUUACAAUAAUUAAUGUUCUUAUGACUACUUGAAUUAGCUUAAAGGAGAAACAGACAAUAUAUCUUUUUGUUUGUAAUGUGUAUAGUAGAUCCUCUAUGGUAUUCCAUCGUUAUGUCCAGGUACUGAUUGAAGUGCCCCCUUAUUCCAUCCCAGCAAUAUGACUUAAUGUCAAAAUAAUACUGUCUAUGUACAAGUUAUGGAUAACCCCCACAACAUGUAUUUAUAAAUAAUCAAAAAUAAAAUUCUAUAGAUGCUGGAUAUCUAAAAAUCAAAGUACUGGUGAAAUUCAAAUCUGGCAGCAUCUGUGGAAAGAGAGCUGAUGUUUUGAGUCCAAUGACACUUCAAUCAUCAGAAGAUUCUAAAACAGCAAUAUCUCCCCAUUUUAAUUUGUUAACUAUCAAUUUAUUCAAGUGUUGGAACAGUAGGUUUAUGGAAUUGGUCCCUAAAAUCUAGGUGAAAAGCACUGAAACUGAAUUUAAUUGGAUAAGUAACUAGAAAGAGAAAAGAUUCAGUCAUGUGAUCAGUCUUGGUUGCCGAGCAAGUUAGCAUACCUUUGGUCAGGGAACCAUGUAUACUUUAGACUGAAGAGAGUCUGGAAUAAAGCAUACUACCUAUUUCAGGGCAAGGAUUCUGAUCAUAACACAGUGCUACUUUCACUGGACUUAAAUUUAACCACAGGACUGACAUUUCACAUCAGGUGGAUGCUUCAGUUGUAUUUUGUUUGCAAACCAGCAAAGAGCAUUUUGAUUGAACAGCUAUUAUUCCUAGCCCUAAACUGAUGUGGCAAUCCAGUGAAAGCAAUGAUCCAACCGACCCAAAUUCUGAACUUGAUCUAAAAUUGCACAUUCUGUUCUAAAGUUUGCUUUAAAUAAAUUUUAAACCACCUCGUGAAAAACGUAUCAUUUUUCCUGCUCUCAGCUGCUUACUUUUCACUUGAGGCAGAAGUGUUCACCCUUUUAACGUAUUAUUUUCUAAUCCUUGUAAACACAUUAUUAAAAUCUCUAGUUCUCCCAUCAGUUAAAGAAACAUUAUAGUACGGAGUUUCCAAUAUGCUUAUGUAGAAUUGGUUUAAGAGUUUUUUCAUUUGUCAAUUUUUAAUUUUUUUAAUAGUUUCUGAUUUUAUUUUGUUAUUUUAAUGUAUCAGCCAACAUUUCAAUGUCUUAGCGCACAUUUGAUGCCAUCACAAUUUAAAAUAAAGUCAGUUCGGAAUUAACAAAUUGAAACACUAAGAUAUUGAAUUAAUACAACUAUUGUGUCAUACAGCAAAUGGUUUCUUACUGACAGUCAGCAGAAGCUGAUUAUCUAGAGCCAAGUAUGGACUUUACAGACAAUUCUAGUUAGUGAAGGGUGCUGCAUAGUAAGGAAUAGCUGCUAUACCUUGUAUUGACAGCUAAGUUUAGAUGAUGGGAGCCGAAAGCCAGAUGUGUACAAGCAAUGGAAUGGAUGUAGUAUUGAAAUUGAGCCUGAAAUAGUUACUAUCUUAAUUUCUUGACAUAAUUACCUGGAUGACACACAUUGACCUUUUCAAUACCUGACAAAAACCUGUGUAAUGUGUAGUUUUAAUUGUAAGAUUCUCAAUGGGAGCUAUAAUCAGAAUAUAUUUUAAUUCAGUAUUAAUUGAUACUGUACAUGACUUAAUGAGCAGGAUAACCACAAACUAGACAGUGGAGGGAAGAGAUCAAAGAUUCUUACUGUAGCACUUAAGUUGCAUCUUAUGUAUUUUGUGAUUUCAAACGAAUGUAAGGUUUUUAUCUUUAACCUUUCUAUGUCAUAGUCUGUAUUUAUCAGAUGAUUUUGGUAAACUAGAAUGGAUGUGGGAAAUAUUUGUAUUGUCUGUCUUUUCGAAUUGUUGAAACCAGAAAUUCAGUGAUAGAUUUUUGUCAUUCAUGACCUGAAUUGUGUAGAAAGAAUAUUUGGAAUGACAUACCAUCAGGCUGACCCACCAGCAUUUAGAAGCUCAGUUGAUUGGAAGGCUCAUUUUCAUUCAGAGUUCACUUCCCUUUCUGGCUGAGGUUACCAUGGUGGACUUUCCUCCUAAAACCUCUCCCCUCGCCUGAGGUAUGGUGACCAUCCAGGUAAAACCACCACCGUCUCUUUCUAACAAGAAAGUAGCCCUGUGGUCCAGAAGGACUAUGGUGACUUUACCUCUCAAAGCCUUAACCCUUUCUGAAAUAUAGUGCCAACAAUGAAGACACUACUCCUUAUACCUAACUACUGACUUAUAUUAAAUGGAAAGAUAAGAUAAAGGGUAAGGAUUCAAUAAUCUACAAAUGUUGAAGUAAACAGUUCCUUUAAUAAAGAUUAACUUAGAAUUGAAGAUUAGUAGACAAAAUAUUGACUAUGGGAGAAAUUAGACACAAGAACUUAAGUAAUCCACAGAAUUGUUACAGCCUAGAAGAAGGCUUUUUCACGCCUGCAUGCCUGCACUGCCAGUCCAGAUGAACUGUUCUCUGUGACGUUUCCCAGCUGUCUCUUCAUAACUCUGUACAUUCUUUCUAUUCAAAUAGCAACCUACUUCCCUUCUGAAUGUGUCAACUGCACCUGCCUGUUAUAUUCUGUCCAGCAGUUCAUUCCAACUCUCAUAUCAUCCUUCAAUUUUCCGAUGAGAACAACCCUAAUUUCCCCAACAUAUAUUGAUUACUGAUGCUCCUAAUGCUGGAACCCGUAUCAAGAAUCGUUUUGCAUUUUCUCCAAUGUGUUCAUUUCCUAAGUGAGGCACUUCGAAUUAGAUUCAGUUAAAGUUUUCUUGAGAGAAUGUUUUUGAAUUCACAUUAUAUGGAAAGUUAGUGUGUCGUGGAAAAUUGGUUUGUAUCAUAAACAUUGAGUGACAUCAUCCACCUACCACCCAUUUUUACAGUAUUUACAGCACAGAAAUGACAUUCUUCUCAAUAUGUUCAUACCUUUGUGUAUGCUUUGUGCAAGCUUCCUUCGACCAUCUUAUUUCCAUAAUAUGGAGACUAGAACUGUUCACAGUAUUUUAGCUGCGUUACCAAUAUUGCCCUGUGCAGGUUGAACACAACUUGCCUAGUUUUCAGUUCCACCCUUCAUGAAAUGAAGCCCGUAUUAUGUGUGUGCUUUUCUUUAUUAACCUGUGUUGCUAUUUUGUCUGCCUAUCCCACUUAACCCCCUGCCCCCGACCCUUCUGCCAUCUUCUGUCCUUUUGACGCUUAUGCUCCAAGAGUAUGAGGUCUCCUUAUUCUUGACACAAAAAUGCUUUUCCUCAUACUAUGUUGCAGUGCAUUUGACAGUGACACUCAGCAAUCAGUUAAGUUUAUUAAUGUCUUCCUGUAUAUUGUCACAGUCUUCCUCUGUGUUAAUUAGACCUUCCCAAAAUGGUGCACAACCCCCCAAUUCAAUUAUAGCAUUUUUGAUUCCCAAGUUAGUUUAAAUUGUUUGUGUAAAUAAUGAACAGCAGUGGUCCAAGCACUGAUCUCUGAGGCACCCAAUUUUUACCAUUAAUGAAGACUCCUAUGCAGAAGAGUGGUGUUCCAUUUAAAAUUAAUUUGAGUAUUCUUUAUAUAGUAGUUCAGAGUAAUCCUAAAACACAGUUGUAAGCAUUUUUUUUGAAGUACUGAAAUAGUCAAGCUUUACAUAAGUAAUUUUAAUAGCUGUACAAGUGCAUAUCUGCUUUAAGACAGGAAACAAAAUGACAGGAAGAGACCUGUUCACACUCUUAAAUUGAGCCUUAAAAAUAUUCUGUUCUUCAUUCUGCAGGCAUCUCAGCUCUGCUUCCAGCUUUGAGAUCCACCUAAAUGCUUUUAAAUACAAACGCCAAUGUUUGUCAUUUUUCUAAUAGAAAGGUUAAAUGAAAUAUAUGUUGAUCUACAGACAAUUGGAUAUCUUUGUGAAGAAUUUUACUUCAAUAACAUCAAGUUAGCUUAAGUAGACUUUAACCCCAUUAUUGACAAGUUUGAUUAGAGUAGGAUUAAAAAAAACAAAAAAUUGUGAAAAUCAUUUCAGAAAAUUCAGCAAUUCAGGUAGCAUCUGCAGAACAAGGAACAGUUAAAAUGGCAUUUCGUGAGAAUUGAAUACAAGAUGUUUAAUUUUGCAUUUUCAAAUUACUAUUAAAAGUUGCUUUUGUGUGAUAUUGCAAGUGAUCGUACUUUAAGUUAAAACCCUCUUGUACUGAAUCCCUUUUUCUGUCCCUUCUAUACACACUGCAGUUAGGUAAUCGUACACAAAUAUGGUUAAAUAAUUUGAAUAUUGAGUUGAUGCCAAGCUCUUAUGUUUUCAAACUUAAAUAUAAUGCUACAAUCUCCGUACAGACCAACAAUGAUUUAAAGAAGUUUGAAACCCCAGUUAUCCAUUGAAAAGAAUGUACAAGAUUCCAUGUUUUAGACAUCUUUUACGGUGACAGAUUUCAAAACAAAACAAGUACGAUUAAUAAUUCAUUUCAUAAACUCCUGUAACUACGCCAAAAAUCUGAACAGAAUUCCUCCCAUUCUGCUUUUAAUUUCAACCAAGAAUUCCUUUUAAUAUGAAAGUUUUGUGAGUGAUCACUUAAUUCUCCUGGAACCAAUCCUAUUCCUAACCCAAUGGAUUGUAAGUAGCCCAGGAAUUCGGUGAUCCUCUUUCGUUUCCCAGUUUUGGAGCUGAAGACUUUGAAAAAUCUCAUUUUCUGCAAGGAUUGCACAGCUGAUAUCUUCUAUUAUCACUAGAUUAAUUUGACAGUGUUUUAUUCCUCAUCAGUUUAGACUGUUCAUUCUCAGCAGGAGCGUUACUUGCAAUUUCUGUGCAGUAACACCAAAUCAGAAAUGUUCCUGAUGACUCUUUGCCCCUUGUUGUUUUUAGUAGGCAUGGAGUGCCCUCAGAGUGACUUCCCCACAUGCUGUGAAAACAGAAAUGUAUUAAAACAAAGCAAUCUUCACCUCUCAGCUAUCUCUGUGGUCAUGUGACAUGGUCUGUUUUCAGAACCAGUUAAAUUUUAAUUUUCAAACAAAAGAAAGGGCUUCAAUUGUAAAAUGCUUCAUGUGCACAAGUUGCUAUAAAACCAUCCUUUGUUUUGGGGUACCUACAUGUAUUAGGAAGUCAUAUUGCAGCUGCACAGGAUGUUGGUUCAGCCACUUGAAGUAUUGAGUACAAUUCUGGUUUGCCUCCUAUAGGAAGGAUGUUAUGAAACUAGAAGUGGUUCAGAAAAGAUAUGAGGAUGUUGCCAGGGUUGGGAAGGUUUGAGCUAUAGGGAAAGGCUGAAUAGUCUGGGGCCAUUUUUCCUGGAGUGCGGGAGGCUAAGGGUUGACCGUGUAGUGGUUGAUAAAAUCAUGAGGGGCAUAAAUAGGGUAAAGGGGCAAGGACUUUUGCCUGGGCUGGCAGAGUCCAAAACUAAAGGGCAUUGGUUUAAAUUGAGACAGGGAAGAUUUAAAAGGAACCUAAAAGGCAACUUUUUCACAUAGAGGAUGGUGUGUAUUUGGAAUGAGCUGUCAGAGGAAGUGGUGGAGACUGGUAUGAUUACAACAAUUAAAAGGCAUCUGAAUGGGAAUAUGAAUAGGAAGUGUUUAGCUGGAUAUGGGCCUGUAGCUAGCAAAUGAGAUUUACUAAAGAUAUCUGGUUGGCAUGGACAAGCUGGACCGAAGGGUCUGUUUCCGUGCUGUAUAUCUCUAUGACUCACAUUGUGGCUUUACCAUUUUACCUUUGACCUGUAGUUACCCCUGGGCUGUCUGCCAGCCACUAGAUGAAUUGCACACACAGCUAGAGAGAAUGCAUGUAUCUUGCUGGUAUUGGGACUAUCAGUGUCAUUGUGAAAGUGAAUUAACAACGUUCUGUUUGUGUAAAAAGAAGAGUUUGUAAAAUGAUUAAUAUAGUUACAUAAAUGAAAAUCCUUGGGCGGGGGGGGAUGGAUUGUGGAAGUAACUAAAGGGAGAUUAAUGAGACAACAUUAGCAAAAAUGUGAAUGCCAAAAUUAAGUUAGAGUCAUAGUCAGACAGCACGGAAACAGACCCUUCAGUCCAGCUAACCCAUGCAAGCAGUGUUCCCAAACUAAACUAGUCCCACCUGCCUAUACUUGGCCCAUAUCCCUUCAAACCUUUCCAAUUCAUGAACUCAUCCAAGUGUCUUUUAAAUGUUGUAGCUGUACUUGCAUCCACCACUUCCUCUCGAAGUUCAUUCCACACGUGAGUCACUUUUUUAAAAAAAAAUUGCCCAUCAUGUCUUUUUUAAAUCUUUCUCCUCUCACCUUAAUAAUAUACCCCUAGUUUUGAACUCCCCCACACUAUGGAAAAGACCCUGACUUAUACCCCUCAUGAUUUUAUAAACCUCAAUAAGGUCACCCCUCAAUCUUCUAUGUCCCUGGAGAAAAAGUCCCAACCUUUCCUCAAACCCUCCAUUUGCGGCAACAUCCUAGUAAAUAUUUUCUGAAACCUCUCCAGUUAAAUAAUGUUCUUGCUAUAACAGGCCGAUGAGAACUACACACACUACUCCAGUUGCAAUCAUGCAAUGAGUUUGUGUAAAAUACUUGUGUUUCUGGGUUCCAGUGCUUCAAUAUAGAUUUAAAUGUUAUGAGAAUUAUUUCCUAUAAUCCUUAAUGCACUCAUAAUGUUCAAGUUAAUUCUUGAACAUUUCUUACAUCAUUCAAUGUUCUGAACAGGUAAUGCAAUUUGAGAAGAAUUAAUUUAAUUUUGGCAGUAAAAUUCAAGAUGUAGGUUUUGGAUGUUUUAAAAUAUUGUAAACACUCGGUUGCUUAUCGAAUUUAAAGAUGUGUAAUUUCUAGUAGGGCUGUUUUUAUUGUGUUCUAGUGGAUAUUGUAAGUAAAGUUUAUGCCAGAAUGGGAGACAGAAAACAAAGUCCCAAUUUCAGUUUAGUAGAUUUUACAUAAUGGCCAACAAGUAGCAAUCUGGCAUACUGUUUGUUUGAAUUUUAAAGUGGUCUCCUCUGUGCAUUCUGGCCACCAGUGAUCCUUACUAGAUUCUGCUUCAGCCAAAAAGGUACUGAAGCUGAUUUAAAAUGUAAAGAGCUCCUUGUCGAUAGCAAAUGUUCAGGUUACUACACUUUAUUACAGGACCAGCACUGUGUACUAUAUUGUGAAAAUUUAGAAGUCAGAAUUUGUACAAGAUUACUGUCUACUACUGGCAAUACAUUUGUUUAAGCAAUCUGCUGAUGCACCUUUACCUACUAUAGCAUGGUAUGGUCAAUUCUGAAUUGUGCUUGUAAUAUUUUAUCAAUUCGUUAAAGUCGGUGAUUCUCUAUUCUUUACACAUCAAUGUAAGUUUGUUUCAGAACAUGGUGUAUAAAACAAACUCUUUCAA